GAGGCAAAAGCGACCCACCCCCUCCGCCCUCCCUCUCGUCGUCCUCCCGCAACAACACGAGGGGGGAGGCGUGGCCGCGGCAGCCGGUUUGACCCGCCCGCGAGCUUAUAAAGCGGUUUCUCCGGGGAACGUCUUGUCACGCAAGUCGCUCGAGUUUUCCCGCGCCGGCUGCCUCCGCCUGCUUCCUCGGUCUCAGAUUCCCGCGUUCGAAAGCGAGGGACCGGACGGCGCCGGCGGAGUACGCCUUCUUUCUUUCGUUCAUUCCCUGUCCUUGUCUCUCGUGCUCUCCGUCCGUUCCGUUCCGGCAAAAGCGGCGCGCGAAGAUAGUCUGGGAAUCGCUGUUCGUUUCUUGAUUCCGGCGGCGGAGCGGAGGCCCUGCAUGUGAGGGCGGCCCCGCGCGCGGCCUCGGAUUCGGACAGAGCGACCGUCUCCCGACGUCGCCGUCGCCGUCGCCGCCGCCGCCGGCGGCCGACCGAUGGAGACGGUGAAGGGGUGGGUGGCGGCCAACUACGCGGAGGCCAUGGCGUCGAUGCAGCACUCGCUGCGCGUCGCCUACGUCGUCUUCUCCUUCUGCGCCGCCUUCUUCCUCGGCGGCAUCAAAGCGAUGGUGGUCGGACCCGUUGCCGCCGCGCUGAUGAUAGUGGGCAACGUCGGCGUCAUACUCGUCCUCUUCCCGGCGCACGUCUGGUGGACAAUCUACUCGCUCGUCAAGACUGACCGCGUCAACACGGGCCUGAAAUUAGCCGUGCUCUUCACGCUGCCCGUGCUGUUCGGCCUCUGGCUGGGGCUCGGCAUCUUCGGCAGCGCGCUGGUGGCUCUCGGGUACGGCUUCUUCACGCCGUGGAUCUCCACCUUCGAGGCGUUCCGGCAGGAAAGCGAGGCCAAGAAGUUCGUGCACGGCAUUGUGGACGGGACGUGGGGCACGAUCAAGGGCAGCUGCACGGUGGUUAGGGACUUCGCCGACAUAUGCUUCCACUCCUACCCCGUCUACCUCAAGGAGCUGCGCGAGAGCUGCCAGAAUCGUGAGCCCCAUUCCAUAAGGUUGCUGGAUGUGCCCUCAUGUAUAGUUGUUGCUCUCCUGGGGCUAAUCGUUGACAUACCGCUUUACACAGUGAUUGCACUAAUCAAGAGCCCGUAUAUGCUCUUCAAAGGCUGGCAGAGGCUGCUGCAUGACCUUAUAAGCCGAGAAGGCCCGUUCCUUGAAACAGUUUGUGUGCCAAUCGCUGGCCUUGCUAUCCUUUUCUGGCCACUGGUGGUAGUUGGGAGUGUUCUGUUGGCUAUCGUCUCGAGCAUUUUUGUGGGGCUCUACGGAGCAGUCAUUGUUUUCCAGGAGAAGUCAUUUCAAAGGGGAGUUUCGUAUGUUGUGGCCAUGGUUGCAGAGUUUGAUGAGUACACCAAUGACUGGCUUUACCUCCGCGAAGGAACUGUUCUCCCAAAGCCGUCCUAUAGAAAGAGAAAAUCAUCCAACUCCACAGAAUUCUCAGUGAGAACAAAUGCCUCUGUCAAAGGAACUGGUCCUAGUGAAGCACCGGCAAUGUUGGUCCCGAAUUUGGCUCCUGCAAGAUCAGUAAGAGAGGCUAUACAGGAAGUCAAAAUGGUCCAGAUAUGGGAAAACAUGAUGAAGUCAUGCGAACAGAGGGGCAGGGACCUUCUGAACCUGAAUGUCAUAACAACCGCCGCCCUGACAGAGUGGUUAAGGGCAAAGGAGAGCGGCCACGAGACCAUAAGCCUGGGCCUGCCUUCGUACUCCCUGCUGUGCACCGUGCUGCAAUCGAUCAAGGCCGGCUCCGGAGGGCUGGUACUGGGCAACUUCGAGGUGAACCAGCACAACAGGCCCCAGGACCGGCUGCUGGACUGGUUCUUCCACCCCGUGCUGGUGCUGAAAGAGCAGAUACAGGCGCUGAAGAUGACCGAGGAGGAAGUGAGGUUCCUGGAGAAGCUGACCGUCUUCGUUGGCAACGCCGCUGCCAGCGCUGGUGGGUGGGAUAAUGGUGUCCAGAUGCCCCAGGAUCCUGUGAGGUUGGCACAGAUUCAGGCCAUCAGUAGAAGGCUGGUUGGAAUUGUGAGGAGCAUGUCGAAGUUCCCGACGUACAGGAGGAGAUACAGGAACGUCGUGAAGCUGCUCAUCGCCUACUCCAUCGAGAGGGAAAGCUCGUCGGCUUCAGGGCACUCGGCUUCCUACUUUGAGAUAACACAACUGGAUGUGUAAUUUAUGGGAAGCAAGCAAUUUCCAAUUGUAAUUAAGCUGUUUCUAGAAUCAGGUAGAUCCAGUUCCUUUUGUUUUUGUCUCCCCCUUCAGUAAAUAUAAUCUUUCGCACGCCGUUGUUAGUGCCUUCGUGUGUUUCAAUUCAAGCCUAGUGAGGUUUUUGUAGAACACUAGUCGUCGUUACAGGAGAUAGGCGCUCCUUGUCCAUUGCAGAUGCUGAUCAAGCGUGUUCACGUGCCAAAGCUUCAGAGUUCAGACUUAUUAAAGCCAGCCGCUGCACUGCUUGCACAAUUGUAGUACACAUUUUCUUUUGUACUGUAUAUAGCCUGUCGAUCCAAUGCACCUGUGCUGUUCUUUUA